AUGGUUGUUGAAAGCUACGGCGUCUGGCGUGCAAAGCCCGUUCGUUACACCUUUGAGGACAGGGACGACGAUCCAAAAACACCUCACCUCUCGCUGUUCUUUGACGAUGAUAGGGGCAAAGAAGGCAGAGCUGCUGUCAACAUCAAGUCCGGAAACCGCAACGAAUCCCGUCUUGCAUACUGGACAGUUUCUGACUUCACCCAUGGCGUUACCCAAAAGCUAGUCCAACUCAGCAACGGCUUCCAUCUUCUUGCUGGCACAUUGGAGCAGAGUCUUGAUGGCCUUGCACUGGACUAUAUUCGCAGCAACCUUUUCAACCGUGCCAAUGGCCGAAUCCUUCCUCAUGACAUUGACGGAGCUGACAAUGAUAUCCUCGAUCAAUUGAAGCCUAUUAUCGACAAGGCCAUCUCAGCCCAGGCUACAGUUUAUGUUUAUGGCUCUGAGUUCAGCAGAGGCAAGGGUAUACAUAAUGAUGGCGGUCUGAUUUUCGAAUUUGAGGAUCACUGGGAAGCUGUCUUUAUUGGCUUUGCCUCUCAGGCAGUUCAUACUCGAGAUGGGCCCAAACGUGCCGGUCACCCACUGCCCGACCAAGAUUUCAGGAUUUGGGCCAACUUCCUUGCUCCUGAGCGGCCGGAUGCGGAAAAGGAGGAAGAUGACAUUGAAGAUUCGCCCGUAUUCAUUGCUGAGGCUCUUGUUAACCCUUCUGGCCCCGAUCAGCAGCCAGGAACUUCCCCAGAGACGAUCACUCUCAAAAACAGAACCCAACAUGAGAUUGACCUCAGUGGAUGGAAGAUUCGUAUCAAGACUGGAGACACCCAGAUACUAGACGGCCAGCGUAUUGGGCCCAAUGGCACUUUGACUAUUCAAACCACAGUCCCACUUUCCAACAGAGGUGGUAUUGUCACUCUUCUCAAUGGGGAUGGAUUAAGGGUACAUGGCGUAAGCUAUACGCAGGCUCAAGCAAACGGUGCUGUAAUUAUUUUCUGA